CCUUAUCUCUUCAUUUCAUGGAGGCUAGGCAUUACCAUGAAGUAUAAUGAAAUUUCCCACUGCAGCCACCCUCAACACAAGCUCAAAUUCGAGUACAAUGAAGCUCCAUUCAAGUGCGACGGCUGUAAAGAGGUAGGAAUUGGGUCGCGUUACAAGUGUUCCUUCUGUGAUUUUGAUCUUCACAUGCACUGUGCUAUUCCUACCCCUUCAAUCUCUCAUCCUUUCUACACCAAAUGCUCCUUCCAGUUCCUUUCACGGCCGCCGGAUGACCAACCUCGAUAUUGCAACGCCUGCGAGAGGGACGUUAACGGCUUUGUCUAUCACUGCAAGUCGUGUGGAUUCGACCUUCAUCCCUGCUGUGCGAAACUGCCGAUGGUGCUGGAUGACGGCGAAGUGAAGCUGUAUUUGUACAGGAAGGUGAGCUCCUCGUGUCACAAAUGUGGACGCAAAGGUAGGAGCUGGAGUUACAGGUCGACGUGCAAGAAGUAUAACUUGCACGUGGCAUGUGUGAAGGAUAUGUUGGUGGAGAGUUGGCAUGAGUUGUAUUAUGGACAUGGGAAAAUCAGGAGAUUGGAGACUAGAAUUCCAAGUUUGAAGAAUACUCUGCAAACCCAUCACAAGAAGAGGAAAGGGAAGGUGCAGAAAUGUUGCGAGUUGGCUGGUUUGGCUGUGCAAUUCGUGAUUUCUGCCGUGCUCGGUGAUCCCACCACUCUUAUUGCGGGGGUUAUUGGGUCCUUGAUGUCGAGAGGAUGAUGAUCCACAAUUGAUAUUCGGCACGGGGGAAUUGUCUGAAACCAGAUGAUAUGAAAAAUUAUCAUAUUGUUGUGGGUCUUUCAAUAAUGAUGUUAUUGGUUUCUUUUUUAAGGGGAAAUUCCUAGUACUAAUCCUUUCUAGGGGUUGAAACAAAAAUUAACA